AGUAUUGAAAUUUAAUAAAAAAAUUAAUUUGUUUAUAUUUUUGUUACAAUUAAGUGAAUUAUUAAGUAACAGUAUUAGUAAAUAAAUAAUAAAAACAAUAAGCAAAUGUCUGCAAUGGCAGAAUUAAAACGUUCAGAUUUUAGUAAGAUAUGUCGAACAUGUUUAUUACAAAAAGACAAUAUGGAACCCAUUUAUAAAUCAGAUAUACCGAAAAUGUUGCUGUCGUUCACAAAUAUUAAGGUGGAGUGCGACGUUGAUGAAAUGCCAAAAUUAAUUUGCCAAGAAUGUAUAACCCAAAUCACUAAUACAUGUUAUUUUCGUGAAACAUGCGAAAAAAAUACUUCCAUAUUGUUAAAAUUAGUAACAAAUUCCACGUUAGAGAACGAUGUUAGGAAUCAAACACCUGCAGAGGAACCUGCGAUAGAGAAUAUUAUUAAAAAUCAAACACCCGCAGAAGAAUUUACGAUAAAGAAUGACAUUAAGAAUGAAGGACGUAGGGAAGAAGAAUCCAUAGAUACAUUUGGUAAUUAUACUGACCUAAGAGAUGCGCCUAUCUAUAAAUGUGAAUACUGUUCCCGAACAUAUGUCGAAAAAAAAUAUUUAAAUCGACAUGUUAAAACACACGGUCGUGGCUACAAUUGUUCAUGUAAAAAUGUCCCACCUAUAGAAAUAUGGGAAGAUUACCUUGAUGAUAAUGAGAUGAGUAAUAAACGUAGAGUUAUUUACCAAUGUCCAAAAUGCGAUAAAACCUACAGUGAGAAAAAAUAUGUAAAUCGACAUUUAAAAUCACAUAAAUGUUUUUGCGACGCACCUAGUAACUUUAUGGUAACUGUACUUGACGAAACAAAAUGUUCGUGUAAGUCUGUUCCUGCUAUAGAAAUAUGGGAUGACUAUUUUGAUGGUGAUGAAGAUGAUAAACGUAAAGUAAUUUAUCAGUGUCCAAGGUGUGAUAAGUCCUAUAGUGAGAGAAGAUAUGUCAAUCGUCAUUUAAAAUCUCAUAAAUGCGUUUGUAAUGAAAGUGGUAACUAUACGGUAAUCGAGAUUGAUAAAACAAAAUUAAUAGAGGACAAAAACAGUAUUUUGGAUCCCGAAAUAAUAAUUCAAAAUGAUACAAAAGUGUUUCAAUGUCCGAUUUGUAAACGGAUUUACAAAGAGCGUAAAUUUUAUAAUCGUCAUUUUCGAACCACUCAUUCGAAUAUAUUAACUCAAUACCCUUGUACUCAAUGUGAUCAGGUGUUUAAAUUAGCUUCAUCGUUGAAACGGCAUGUACAAACUAUUCAUGAAAAGUUCAAACAGGUCUGCACAAUCUGUGGAAAAUUAGUCAUACACUUACGUUUACAUAUACGAGAAACACACAGCGAUUCCGAACGGCCGUAUAAAUGUUCACUUUGUAAUAGUCGUUUUACGGUACCCAGUAAAAUGCGCCAACAUAUACGUGAAAAACAUAUGGGCUUACGUUCUUAUAAAUUAUGUUCCGUCUGUGGGAAAAAAUGCCACUCGUUUUGUGCUCUUGAAAUACAUAUGAGAUCACAUACGGGGGAGAAACCAUUUGAUUGUUCAGAUUGUGGGAAAAAAUUUCGAAAUAAGCAACAUUUACGUGAUCAUAAGUUAAUCCACACAGGUCAACGACCUUAUAUAUGUACGUUUUGUAAAAAAGGUUUUAAAACGGCUUAUGCAUUGAAGGGGCAUGUUCGAAUCCACACAGGUGAAUGUCCAUAUGAAUGUUCCGUAUGUCAGCGGGCGUUUAUACAAAAAAGUAGCCUUAAUUCUCACAUGAAAACACAUUCUAAUAACACUUAGUGAUUUUAUUAAGCCGGAGUGUCAAAUUAAGUAUACAAUUACAGAAAAUUAAAAGUUGUAUAGCACCAUAUAAGUAGUAACACCUUACUGAACAACACUAUAUCAAAAUAUCGACUGCGAUCAGAUCGUCUUGGUGGGUAAUUAACUGAGUAAAAUGGUAUAUAUUGGAUGGCGUCUCUUAGUACGUGUUACAUAUGUUCAAAAAGGCAUGGAUUGUCUGAUUUUAUUUACAGAAAAGCACGUAUUUGUUUUUAUAAAGAAGACGAAAAAUUUAUCUGACAACUAUGUCAUCAUCCAAACAUCCAUUAAAAUAGCCUUGUCACAGAUGUUUUUACUAAGCGAAAAUGAUUUAUAUACUGUUGGAGAUAUAAUGGCAAUAUGUCAGGAAUGACUAGGUACUCAUCCCUAUAUUCUGCUAAAGAGCUUAAGAGAACAAGUCGGAGAUAUUUAAAUGCCAAAAACAACGUAAAACUCUACCUUGGAUUUUUGUAAUAAAACCUUAAUUAACAAUGACAGUUUGCCCAAAAGUUUAUCAAACUUCUGAAAUUUCUUAUAUAUUAUAUGCUUUUUUGUUUUAACCAUCUUGUUUUAAAAUAUAUUUUUGAUAAAAGUGAAAUUAUUGUAACUAACGAAGCUUGUUGAAACUGAUUUGUUGUAAGAAAGAUAGCUCAAAAUAAC